UUGUUCGACCUUGACCGUUCCUCGAAAAGCGUGAUCUCUGGCCCGGAGACAGAGAGCUCAAAAUGCGGCCCGUAGCCACAUUUGUAAAUCGGGCCCCGGGGAGUCCCCGUCAAGGCCCUGACCUGGGGGACUCCCCGCCGUUUCCCCGCGCGCGGCCUUCCAUUCUUGUUCUCGCCGGUUGGCACCUGCGGCUCUCUCUCGGGGAAUCACGCAUGAGUCAUCAGCGCUCUGCGUGGUGACGAGCAGAGGCCUGUCGCGCCUGUCGCGCAGUAGUUGCUUGGGAUUCCUGCCGGCGGGUGCGGGGUAACGCGCUUAUCUGUGUAGUAGCUGGAGUUGCAUUUGGUUGUCGACAGCCGCAAUUCACAGUUGAGAGGUGCCAGUGGACGUGUUGCUGUGUAGUGUUGCCAGUGCAGUGUUCCAGUUCACUGUUGUGUGUUGAGUGUUGACACUUGACUGGUCUUGUUAGUUCAGGUUUCCUAAGAAGCCUCAAGGUAAACAGAACCUUCCAAGAUGCAGAAUUUCAGUGGUGGCUCUGCAACUGCACCAGUCUCCCAAGUGGAGCUUACCUUGUCAUGCAGGAAUCUGGCAGACAUGGAUGUAUUCUCCAAGUCAGAUCCAUUCAUAGUGGUGUAUGUGGCACACCAAGGCAUGAAAUCCUGGACAGAGUUCAAGCGAACAGAGGUCAUCUAUGAUAACCUCAAUCCUGACUUUGCAACAAAAAUCAAUAUGGCAUUUCACUUUGAAGAGCAGCAACGCCUGAGGUUCGAGGUAUACGACAUCGACGCGCCGUCGGAGGACCUCAGCAAGCACGACUUUCUCGGGUACCGCGAGUGCACGCUCGGCGAGCUGGUGAGCUCGCGCACCUCGCAGCUACCUCUGCUGAACGUUCCCAGGGCGGGCGUGAACAGUUCGCUGCUAGUUCGCGCCGAGGAGCUCCUGCGCAGCAAGUUCGACGCGGCGCUGCGGCUGUCGGCGCGGAGACUGGACUCGAAGGGCUGGUUCAGCAGCAGCCCCAGUCCCUACCUGGAGCUGUUCAAGUCUAACGAGGACGGCGAGUGGUCGCUGACGUGGCGCACGGAGGUGGUGCGCGGCACGCGCGACCCGGUCUGGCAGCCGAUCGACGUGCCGGUGGGCGCGCUCUGUAACGGCGACCACGAGCGAAACAUCCGCGCCGUCUGCUGGCACUGGCGGCGCAGCGGCACGCCCAGCCUGCUCGGCGAGUGUCAGUUCUCGAUCCGGCAGCUGGAGCGCGGCUCCGCCACCGGCGCCCGCGUCCACAAGCUGGAUCUCAUCAACGCGGAGAAACAGCGCAAGAAGGGCGCAUCUUACACGAACUCUGGCGAGCUUUACAUCGGGCUGGAACUGAGACCACACUACAGUUUCCUGGACUACAUCCAGGGUGGUACUGAUCUGGCCUGUACCAUCGCUAUCGACUUCACAGCGUCCAACGGGGCACCGACAUCGGCCGAAUCUCUGCACACUCUGUGUGUCCGCGAUCCGUCCGGGAACAUCUACAACCCGUACGUGACGGCGCUGCGGGCCGUCGGCGAGAUAAUCCAGGACUAUGACAGCGACAAACAGUUCCCCGUGCUCGGCUUCGGCGCGCGCCUCCCGCCCGACGGCGUCGUCAGCCACGAGUUCUUUGUCAACCUGAGCCCCGUCAGCCCCUACUGCCACGGUGUACAAGGCGUGGUGGAGGCGUAUCAGCAGUGUCUGCCCCGUAUCCAGCUGUACGGACCGACCAACUUCGCGCCAGUCAUCCACCACGUGGCCAACUUUGCGCGCCAGUCGCGCAACGGCAGCCAGUACUGCAUCCUGCUUAUCAUCACCGACGGCGUCAUCACCGACAUGCCGCAGACCAAACAGGCGAUCGUUGAGGCCUCCGGUCUGCCUCUGAGCAUCAUCAUCGUGGGUGUUGGCACGGCCGAUUUCUCCGCCAUGGAGGAGCUGGACGGCGACGAGGUGCGUGUCUCUUACUGCGGCCGUGCCGCCGAGCGGGACAUUGUCCAGUUCGUGCCGUUUGCCGAGCUGCAGCGCGGCGACCCGGCCACACUGCGGGCGCGUCUGGCGCGCGAGGUGCUCGCCGAGGUUCCCAGUCAGUUUAUCAGCUACAUGAAGGCCAAUCGGAUCGCGGCGGCGCCGCCGAAAGAGGGCGUCACCGAGCUGCCGCCCGACCCGUCCCUGGUCUGAUCGGACGGCUGGGAGUGUGAGACAUCUGCCAGUGGAGUGUAAACGAUGGGUGGGCGUUCUUUGGGACGCCGUCCGCAGGUUCUGGAUUGUAUUGGCCUAUCGUGGACGGCCACAACCGAACCCGGCUCCUCGACUGUCAGGGAGAGUACAUGUGCUCUGGUGCUGUUGAAAACGGCAGGUACAAGAAUUGUUGUACAAGGCUUGUGCGACUGAUAUUCAGAUGCGGGUUUUUAGCUUUGGGGCAGUCUGCUAUACCUAAUUGCUUCGCAGACCGUGCAAAACUAACCCACGCUUUCAUGUGAUUUAAGUGUCAAACGCAAUCAAUUGCUGCCUUUCAAUUUAUCAUGGAAAUCACUGAUCGUGUUCGAUUGGUAAAGAACUGCCAUUACACUCUUAUUAAGUAAUCACUUUUAAUGCUAUGUUUUGAUGCUUGACAUCCACAUCAUCGUUAACUUUUCCAAGUGGUCAGUAGCUAUGCGAUAUUUAGUCUAAGUGUCUUUCAGAAGUCUAGUUGAUACCAGUUACAUUGGUCAGUGCGAUAAGAUCGUAAGAAUUGCCGUUCAAAAUGGACUCUAGCACUGUGAUUUUUUCCCAUUUGAGCCCCAUAUAUUUUCUGAAGGAAUUUACGCCCGAGCUCUCGGGAAGCUUAUUCAACAUGAUUGUUCUCUGUACAAUCUCGUUAGAGCGUCUGUUUUUUAACCAUGUGCAUAAUGUGCGGUGGAUUUCUUGUUAACCUGUGAUAUCGAGAGGCAUUGGAUGCAUAUUGCAUAUCCCUUUGACUUUUGAUAUUCAGGGGCAUCUACUCACCUCCCCUAGUUUAUAUCGACCAUGUCAAUUUUAUCUUCCAUAUUGAUAUGAUGUUUUGUACUCUCUGGGAAUGUGAGGCCGCAGUUGUUAUGAUCAUGUCUUCUGCGAGGUCGUGCUACUGUAGGGUGUGUCGCUCACCGGCUGCUCUCAAAGUAUGCCAGUUGUAAUAGCUGCCUGUAUGCCGAUGUGAUGGCUGGCUACCUCUAUGUCAGGGGACGAGCAGCUAUCGCUGGGGUUGCAUAGUUAGAUGCGCCUUUGCUGUGGGGAUUUAUAUUGCUGUGCUCUGAGGAUGAUCUGUGCUGUGCGUUUGUGUGCCCCUUUGUUCAUCACUUGAUUUAUCAUGCAUGCAUCCAUAAUUCCCUGUAACGUUUAGAUGGAGAGUUUACAAUAAUGCAAGGUGUUGCAAUUCAUGGCAUUCUGCAAGAACUGAGGGGUGAUGUUGAAGAUGUGGCUUCUGAGGCAAAUUUCGUAUUAUCCCGUUUUGCAGCUGUUAGAAAAUACAUAUAUUUCACUAACA